UCUCACCAACGACCCAAAAUGCCCUCAACAACACUCUCACCGUCUGAUGCCCUCACAGAGCUCGCAUCUUACUCUUCGCCAGAUGGGCUCUCCCUCUCAGACCUACAUGCCUCCCCAUCCGGCAUAGGCACGUACGAUGACUUCCUCCUCCUUCCCGGGCAUAUCAACUUCCAAGCGACGGAGGUCAGCACCCGCACGCAGAUAACGAGGAACGUCAGCCUCAACACGCCUUUCAUGUCCAGUCCUAUGGACACGGUUACCGAGACUGAGAUGGCGAUCAGCAUGGCUCUCAUGGGAGGGAUAGGUGUCGUACAUCAUAACCAGCCCGCAGCGUCCCAAGCAGCCAUGGUCCGCGCAGUAAAAAGGCACGAAAACGGGUUCAUCACUUCCCCCGUCUGCCUCACUCCCGCACAUGUCGUCGCCAACGUGCUGGACAUCAAGGAGCGCCUCGGGUUUUGCGGGAUCCCCAUUACUGAUACAGGAGAACUCGGAGGCAAGCUCCUCGGUCUUGUCACUCGCCGGGACGUGCAAUUCCGCCCACCUACGACACCACUGCAUGAAGUGAUGACCACGGAAGUCGUCACUGCACCCGAAGGUGUCACGCUGGCGGAAGCCCAACACCUCCUACGCGAGAAUAAGAAGGGCAAGCUGCCCAUUGUCGACGCGUCAGGCCGACUCAAGUCCCUCCUCGCCCGCUCCGAUCUGCUGAAAAAUCAGACCUACCCCAUGGCCUCCAAGCACCCACAAACAAAGCAGCUCUUCUGCGCAGCAGCGAUCGGCACCCGCCCGGCAGACAAGGACCGUCUCGCCCUACUUGUCGACGCAGGCCUGGACAUCGUGGUCCUCGAUUCUUCCCAAGGCAACUCGAGUUUCCAGAUAGAGAUGAUCAAGUGGAUCAAGGCUACCUACCCCAAGCUCGAGGUCAUCGCCGGGAACGUCGUUACGCGGGAGCAGGCUGCGAACCUUAUCGCCGCAGGUGCUGACGCACUGCGCGUGGGGAUGGGCUCGGGCUCGAUCUGCAUUACCCAGGAGGUGAUGGCUGUCGGGCGACCGCAGGCUACGGCCGUGUACGCCGUCGCUGAGUUCGCGGGCCGCUUUGGCGUCCCGGUGAUCGCCGACGGGGGGAUAGGGAACGUUGGCCAUGUUGCGAAAGCACUCGCUCUAGGUGCAGGGGCAGUGAUGAUGGGGUCCUUGCUUGCUGGGACUACGGAGGCACCUGGGGAGUACUUCUGGCACGACGGGAAACGGGUCAAGACCUACCGCGGUAUGGGUUCGCUCGAGGCGAUGGAACAACGCGCGUCAUCUUCUUCGUCAGCGGGCAAAUCCGGUGGGGCAGCAAACGGCGUCGGGGUAAAACAAGCUCUCAAAGGCCCGGUGGAGAACGCAGCUACAAGCAGGUACUUCUCCGAGUCCUCCGCUGUGAAAGUCGCGCAGGGCGUGUCAGGGGACGUACAGGACAAAGGAAGUGUCAAGCCGUUCCUGCAGUAUCUGCAUGCAGGGCUGCAGCAUAGUAUGCAGGAUAUGGGCCUGCGGUCUGUGCCUGAGCUUAGGCGGGGAGUGGGCUCUGGACAGGUGAGGUUCGAGAAGAGGACGGUGAAUGGGGUUGUGGAGGGGGGCGUGCAUGGGUUGAACAGUUUUACCAAGAGGCUGUUUGCGUAGUUUUUUUUGUGUUUAGCUUUGGGUGGUUGUUGUUGAUUUGUAUUAUUG